AUGUUUCCCCGGACUCGCGGCAGUGUGGGUACCGGACCAGAUACGACUGCGCUGUUUGUGCCGUCAUCUUUUUCGGUGCCUGUGGAAAAAAAGGACUACAGUGGGGUGUCAAAGGAAAAAGCACUUGAACAGGCAAUCGAGGACUCGCAUGCACGCACCUACCUGCAGAUCAAGUGCAUUGCCCCUGGAGGGCAAGUACACGACUUUCACUUUGGGACAAUUUUUGGGGGUUCCUCUGCUUACGUUACACCAACCGCCCACGUACACCUAAUGAAAGCACCACCCGGCGCCACGAAACUCUGCCUGCGUGGGCCAGCUAUGGUUGUCAGAAAGCUUGUUGGGUGCCUGGAAAGUUCCUCCGAUCUCACUAGGCAUCGGCUUGGCUCGUGUGACGCAGGAUUCUCAGUGCUGACGGUCCCCACUCCGACGCUUGCGCGGCAUUGUCUCGAAAACUUGAACGAUAAAGAUUUCCAGGCUCAGGGAGGGGACUUAGGGAGCGGUAGCGUCAAUUUUGGCAUGUACCGAUCCUAUAGGUACGGAUAUGACUGGGUGCAAGCCACCAAGCGUCCCGAGCUUCUCGAGCUUGAUUUCUAUUCUAUCUGCUCAUUUAAUGGAUCCCGGUUAUUAAUUGUGCUAUCGACGCCCACUUUAGUAUCACUAUGGUGCCAUUAUGUCGGCUUAGAAAUCAAGCAGAAAGCAGCACCUGGUUCCGAGCACAGUUUGCUUCGAAGUCUUGUAAUCACGUUCCUCUUGCGAAUAGCCAAAGCCGGGCACGUAACCCUUUUGGCAGGUAUGAUGGACACUACUUUAGUCCGCUCGGCGGACUGGCUCUUCACCAGGGCAUCUCGUGUCAGAAGCUCAACCGGCGAGCGCUUGUUUAAAAGAAAACUCUGCUCGGAGAGCUUGCAGGAAUCAUCCGGUGACUGCAUAUUUGACAAUUGCACGAGGGCUAGUCCAGCGAAUCCGUUGGAGAAGCGCCAAAUUGUCGUCCAACUAUUCUUGUUGUUGCAAUAUUACAUUAUUCUCGAAAUUCUCUGUCUCUGGCAACUACUUACAGACCGAAAACGCUGCCCAAGAGCAAACGCCGCUCUUUUAAACCCCGGGUGCCUAUGCCGCCUCCGGUCCCGAGUCCUGGCGUAUUCGCAAACCUGCAAGUACUCCGUACUACCAGAAACCGAUGUCCUCAUCGCUCCGGAUGUGAGCGGUUGCACAAGGAACUCCGAUACAGUUUUUGGCAAUCGCCCUUGCCCACUCAAGUGCCGGAAGGAUGAUUUGAGAGACGCGUAUCACGGGCCGAUCCGCCAACGGCGUCCUUUGAGAAUCCGAAGGGAAAUGCCUCUUGAAGCCAUUGCCUCUAUGACGCAAGUGACGCUGAAAGUUCCAUACGUGCCUGGUUGUAACAUCUUCCUGCAGUGUUACUGCGCAACAUUUCUCGUACUAUUACAAGAGCAGCUCACCACCAGCGAGGUCGCAAUUCCGCACAUAAUGAAUUUCGGACCCUUGACAGAUUCGCUUGCUAUUAUCGACUCGACAAGCCAAGAUAACCUCCAAGGACAAGGCAGAAGAUCCACAAAUUCACACGAGUCCUGCAUCAGAAGUUCAGAAAUUAGAGCCUGCUGCGGCAGAUCGACACUAAUACCCCACAAUCGGGCAGUUGCGGCCACCGCAAUGAACCCCCCGAGAUACGAAUACGACUGCCGAUUGAACCACAUCCACACGGCGGCCAGGACCCGACCACCGCAGAUGGACAGCGGACCAGAAGUCCUGGAGAGUUCACUCCACGAACGCGAGGCGGAAUGCGUGGGAAGCGCGGAUACAGGGCUAGGUCCCCCGUCAACUAUGCAGCUUAAUCCUCCGAGUACCUUUCGGGUGGCGGGCGGAACAACGGGACGCCCUAGCGUACCCGCUCUCAGUCUGCACGCCGUAGUCAUGUUUCUUGACGGGGUUCGGUCUCUACGAUGGGUCCCUUCGAGACUCGACCAGAUCAUCCAGCCCACUUCGCACUCGCGUCCGUCGUACAUCUCGCACAAUGGCGGACUCGCCAAGCACCUACAAAAACAUACACAUCAGAUCAACGAAGGCAACCGUGCCCCCAACGAAUACACCAGCCAACAACCGUAA